GAUGUUUUCAGCGUCUGUGCCACUCACGCUUUGACGACCGAGUCUGAGGAAGUGAUGGGCCUACUCCUUGGCGAUGUGCAUUAUGGCACGAAUGGGGAAGCAGUCGCCCACAUUUCGGUGGCGAUGCCUCAAAUUCGUACAGACCGAAGAAAGGAUCGGGUGGAAGCCAGUCCAGAGCAGCUAGCCUCAGCCAUGGCAAUUGGGGAGAAGCUAUCUGAGGGGAGCCAGACAAAAGUGAGGGUCAUUGGCUGGUAUCACUCCCACCCUCACAUCACAGUGCUGCCCAGCCACGUGGAUGUGCGCACUCAGGGCUCCUACCAGAUGCUCGACGAGGGCUUCAUUGGCAUCAUUCUGUCGACCUUCAACCAGGAUACAGCAGAGUGCACACAGCAGAUUCAGGUCACAGCGUUCCAGUCUGUGCAGCAGACGCAGCAUGCACUCGCGUCAGCGGGGGGCCAGUGGACGCGGCGGGAGGUCCCUUUGACAGUUGGCGCUGAGCUGGCGCACCCUGGGCUCCAGCCUGACGGGCUGCGCGUUCUGCUGGAGGUGCUCUUCGAAGAAGAGCGGCAGGCCUUCACAGACGCCUCAUGCAGCCGAUGGUGCAAAGCUUGUGAUGGAUGCUGCAUGUCUUCCAGGAGUGGGCGGGUGCAUCCACUCACAGCCAUGCACCACGCCGGGGUGUAUCAGCAGCACCUGUGCCGGCUGAUGGAAGUAGUCGCAGGGCCGGUGCUGGCCAGCCUACGCGGGCGGUCUGCAGAGGCGUCCCUCCAAUUUGAACAGCUGCAGGUCAUGAAGGCCUCCCUU